CGGAAAGAAGUAGAGGGCGCCAUUUUGUGUAUUUUAUAUAAGUUAAGAGCAGAGUAGGCGUGCGGAAUAGUUUAUUUUUUAAAAGAAAAAAGCAAGUUUUAAUUUUUACUAAUAUCUCAGUCGGGCGACAAGUUAUGUGUGUUUAAAAAUUACCCGGGAUUUUCAAGGUUCCUUGUGCUCCCCACCCACCGACCGGCACGCAUUGAUGUGGAAAUCGUUUCUCUUGUGAGCGGGAGUGAGCGACAGCGAGAUGGCUAACAAAACGGCCACUGGGAACCACCAGCAACAACAGCCGCCGCAACAGGCCGGGGGAAGCGCCAAACCGGCCUCCUCCGUCAAACAGGGCAAUGUACUGCCGUUGUGGGGCAACGAGAAGACUAUGAACCUCAACCCACUCAUCCUCACCAACAUCCUUUCCUCGCCCUACUUCAAAGUGCAACUGUAUGAACUGAAGACUUACCACGAGGUCGUGGACGAGAUCUAUUUCAAGGUUACUCACAUUGAGCCAUGGGAAAAAGGGAGCAGGAAGACUGCAGGCCAGACAGGCAUGUGCGGAGGGGUUCGUGGUGUUGGAACAGGAGGUAUUGUUUCAACUGCCUUUUGUCUGCUGUACAAACUGUUUACCCUGAAGUUAACUCGCAAACAAGUGAUGGGUCUUAUAACACACACUGACUCUCCAUACAUCCGUGGUUUAGGAUUCAUGUAUAUUCGGUACACACAACCCCCAGCUGACCUGUGGGAUUGGUAUGAACCUUUUUUAGAUGAUGAAGAGGAACUAGAUGUAAAGGCUGGAGGAGGGUGUGUCAUGACUAUAGGAGAAAUGAUUCGUUCUUUCCUUACUAAACUGGAAUGGUUCUCUACUUUAUUCCCAAGAAUUCCAGUUCCAGUUCAAAAGAAUCUGGAUCAAUAUCUCAAAACUCGCCCCAGGAAAAUUGCCAAAAAAGAUGGGAAAGAUGCAAUGGAAGAUCAAGAACGUCUUUCAGAACGUAGACACUCAAGGUCACCACGAAGAUCUCUUAGUCCACGUAAAUCUCCCAGGCGGUCUAGAAGCAGAAGUCGUCAUAGAGAGGGCCAUGGUUCAUUUGGUUUUGAUAAGGAAUUAGAAAGAGAGAGAGAACGGCAGAAAAGAGAACGCGAGCAGGUUAAAGACAGAGAGAGGAGUGAGAAGGACAGACAUAAGUCUAGAAGCACAGACAGAGGCAUGGACCGCAGGCGAAGCAGAAGCCGAGAUCGGCACAGAAGUCGAAGCAGGGAUAAAAGGAAUGAUAAAAAAGAUAGAGAUAAAGAGAGGGAGAAGGAAAAUGAAAGAAGCAGGAGGAGAGACAAAGAUUAUGACAAAGAAAGGGUAAGUGACAGAGAUAGGGAGAGAAAUGUUGAGAAAGAAUCAGAGAGAUCUAGGGACCGAGAUAAACGAAGCCGAUCAAAGACAGAAGAGAGAAAACGUAAGGAAGAGAGGAGAGAAAAAGAUGAAAGAAGACACAAAGAUGAUAAAAAGGAUUCAAAAAAAGAUAAAAAGCAUAGUAGAAGUAGGAGCAGAGAGAAAAGACAUCGGAGUAGUAGUCCUGGCAGAGGUCAUGUCAGCAAACGCAGCAGGAGCAAAAGCAAAGAAAAAUCUAAACAUCGAAAUGAACACAAAGAGAAAUCAAACAAAAGAAGCAUUAGCAGAGAAAGGACUGAUGAGAAUGACAGUGAACGACUAAAGAAACAGUGUAGCCAUAGUAAAGAGAGAGCUCACAAGCGCAGUCGAAGCAAAGAACGAUCUCACAAACAAAGUCACAGUGAUGGUAAGGACCAUUCAAGCAAGCCAAGCCACAGAAGUCUCAGUGCAGAAAGAGAGAACAAAAGCAAUGCAGAAGGGUGGUUACAAGGCAAUACCACUGAUGAUGACUGAAAAUCAAAUCUCUAAUUGUACAGUGAUUAAAUUGUUUUGCUUUUGAACAUUUUUUUAAAUUAUGCCAUGGCUAGGAUAAACACAUGUCUUCGAAUUCCUGUAGCCUGCAGAUGAUAUUUCCUGUUUGUAGGAAGUGCCUUUGGUAACCAGCUGUUCAAUUUACCAUUGUAAUUCAAGACCAAUUUUAUUCUGUACAAUGUAGAUGAUACAGGAUUUGUUUUUGGUUGAAAUAAUGUUUUUGCAAGUAUACUAUGUACAUAUGUUGAGAGUUUUAAUCAUUGGCACAACUGCCAUGUUGGUUCAUUUUGUAUGAUGGGCAAUAAACUGCCGGUACUUAAAAACUUGUGUUAAUACACUGAUAACACUUGUGUCUGACAUAUCCAUCCCCUAAAGUAGAUUUUCCCAAACUCAGCUAUAUUGUACUGGUUUUCUAUUUAUUUAAUGUGAGACCUUACACAUCUUUGAUGAAAAAGGUGGGUGAUACGAUCUUUAUAAGAUGGAAAUUACAUUGGGUUUCCCUGGCAUUUGUGCAGAUAUUCUAUAGGGGGUAGCUAAACACAAAACAAACCUAAAUCCUGAGCCAGCAUUUCUAAUCUUAUACCAGAUUUCAGCAUGCGAGUUAAGAAGAUGCAAUCAGGUCUAGUGUUUCCUUGUGCAGUGAAUUACUUGCAAGACAUAUUUUAGGUCUUGUGAUUUUGGCUUCUAUCUUGUUUAAUUGAUAAUCUUUGUAACAAAAAAAAUUAUAGAACAUUUUGAACAGCUUUUUUUUUGGCUUUGCAUUGAAAGUAGUAUUUUCAAGCUUACGAUACAUUUUUAUAAAGCAAGUAUACAUUUCAGUUACUGGAGGAGUACUUCAAUGCAUUUUGUGUUUUUUGAAUAUUAUAUUAUAAGAAGUAGGGAGUUUAAUGGCUGAAGCAGUUUGUUCUUGGUCCCUUGAAUUCAUUUGGGUCAAGUGAAGUUAUAGUGGUACAUUUAAAAUUUUCAUUAUAAAGUUGGUAAACUUUGCUUGGUGUUUUUUUUAAAGUGUUCAAUUUGGGGCUUUUUUUAAAAGUUGACCCAAUGUAUCAAAAUCAAUCAGCAUUAAUGGAAUAAAAUUAAAAGCAGGGCCUCAAUCUAUUCUAGUUCAUAAUGGGUGUUUGUCAGGAUUUCAAAGAUGAGCCCAAAGAUUAUUUUAGUUUCAAUAUGUCUACUACUGCAGUGUUAACAAAUUGUUUUAGAGUCUUUCAUGUAAAUAAUUAAUGAAUCUACAAAAUAGUAAAUGAUCCACAUUCUCUAGCCUGAUGUUUUUGCAGAUUGCAAAAAGGGAGAUAUUGAUGAGAUGAGAACAGGUUGGAAUGACCAGUGAAUGUACUUCAUUCAAAAAUACAUAAAAAUGUUGCUUGCUUUGUGUGAUGUACAGUCUACAGAGGCUACUUCAAAAAAUAUAAGGCCAAAUUAUUUUUUAUGUAAAAAGACUAUUCCAAACACUGCAGUGUUUUUAAAAAAAAAUGGAUAUUCCAGAUGAUGCUUUUAGUCAUCUGAGAACCAGGAUACUGAUAGGGAAUUUUAAUUUCAGAGGUCAGCACUGAAGUGUAUUCCACACAUGCAGAAAACACUAAUGUUUUCUCUCCUUGAGUAAUUGGGGUGUAGUUGAGGAGGGAUGAAUAUAAAGAUGAGCAGCUUAUCUGUUGAAACUUUUACAAAUUAAUUUUAUCAUACUGGAGGGUUUUCAUAUCGAGGCAAUAACUGACUUGUUGAAUGGAUUGUGGAUUAGUAACUUAAAGUUCAUUAGCCAGGUGUAUGUGGUAAACUGCAUCCUUAAAGCAGCAAUUUUCUGUUGUUGCCUUGAAGCUGCCUGAUAUCAACAAUUUCAUAUUCCUCUUCAGCAUAUAAUUUAAUUGGAGGAUUAGUCUUGAGUGUCAUUGUCUCAUUUAUAAUUUCUUGUUUAAUACCAUGUGCUUUUUUUAAAAGAAGCAAACUACAGCCAUUGUUUAGUAUGUGCAUUAAUAUUCCUUUUAUUGGCUGUAAUGAGUCAGUUCAAUGACUUGAGAAUUGUCCAGGGGAAAAAUGAGUUUGGAAUGUUAACAUUAAGGAAAUAGCACAAUUUGUAAUGUAGAAAAAGGGAGAACAUAAUGGCACUUCCAAACACUAAUUUUUUUUUAAGCUCUGCAAAAACUGGGAUUGGCCAUAUGUACACAUCCUUGUCCAUUUCAAGAAAUAUUGAAUCCCUGGAUAGAUAAAAUAAAGGAAAUGAAAUAUUGCUUAAACUCCCAAAGAAACACAAAAGAACAAAUGUAGAAAAUAGUGUCUUGACAACUUCUUAACACAAGCUGGUUUCUCUUGAGUCUUUUAUUUCCUUUAAAUAUUAGGCAGCGUUCCUGAUACUGCAAACACAAGUGUUAUGCAUAUAUUUCUGCUGUGGACCUUGUUCAUUCCAGAAUCAUUUGAGCUGUAUUUGAAGCUCUUAUAAGAUGCAAGCAAACCACACAAUUAUGCUCAAUAUUUAGUUUGUAUUUAACCUUUGAUUACAAAAUUACCUUUUUCAUAUUGUGCAAGUUUCACCCUUCCUCCCAAUUCACCAAUGUUUCAGAUGCAAUAGUGGUUUGUCAUAUUUACAAGAAAGAUAGGGUAGAGGCUGGGUAUUCAUUUUAUGCAUAAAGAUUUUUUUUUAAACAAGUGCUGUCUUUUUAGAGGAUUGACUCAAAUUUACAUUAGGUGGUGGAGUUCAUCUAGCAAUCUGCCACUUGCUGUGGACCACUUUCAGCAGAUGGUGUAGAAUUUGAUAUGUUUUGCCUGUUUCCUUGGGGCAAUGUAUAGCAUUUUAUGUUUCUGCACUGGUUCUCAUUUUCACCUGUUCUAUUAGCAGAUUGAAGUUAGCAUUGGAUCAACUUAAAUAUGAUUAAGGAUCCUCUGCCACUUUCAGAGACCUCUUUGAAAAAGAUCAAUGAAGCAGCCCAAAUUUAUAAGGAUCAACAUUUUUAUUUCCUGUUUUACUGAUAUCUAAACUAUGACCUAGCAACUAGCUACUGAGAUAACUACAGACAUCUUCCCACCUCCACAGAAAUGAAAGCUGCUGCUAGCUCCCACCCAAAAAUUACUUGCAAAGCAGCAAGCACAAAUUUGAUCUGAGAAUUGGUGUGCUUCCUCUGGAAGUGCUUGACAUGAAAAUCUUUUUGCUCACUUACACUUCCAGUUUAUUUCUGCACACACACUUCAAAAAUUCUUAAAAGUGAUGGUUUUGUUGAUGUUGCUUUUUGUUAGUGGUCGCAAUUGUGCCACUGACGUGGGAAGAAUAGAAUAUAUUUCAACGACAACAUGUGCAAGUUCAAAUCUUUUUCGAGGGACUAUGCUGUACCAGAUCGAUUCUUAAAUGCCCUACUGAACACAUUGUCUGGUUCCUUGGCUUCUUGUAUCUUAACCAAUGUAACAAUGCACCUUGGUUAUUACCUCAUGGGUGUUGGUUGGAUCUUGAGCAAAUUGGCUGUUACAUUCCCAACAGUACUGGUACAAUAAUACAACAGAUGCUUAAUUUGCUAAAGAUGUGUGUUUUUGGUCAUGAAAGAUGUAUACAAAUGCAUAUGUUAUAUAAUUUAAAAACCCUGGUCAUGGGAAGUGUCUAAAAACUAAUGUACUUUUCCAGUUCAACAGGAAUUCAUUACAUUGUUGUUCAUUGAAUGAACUGAGGGAAUGCUUGUGGUUGGGCUUUGCAUUGCUUUUCACCUGUGAUUCCCAACGCAAAUGAUGGCAGAUGGAGUUUGAUCCCCAAUCUCAGCAGCACCACAAUAAACCUUCCACUUGAUUCAUCCUAUUAAUUGCUGCACUUUUUUCUGCUACUUAUCAGGUUGCUAAGCACCAAGGUUGAAUCACUUACUUUCCACGUUAUAAUUUUCUUAAAGCAGAUCAGAUCAAUUCUAAAAUUUUCUUGUCCCCAAAACAUCUCUGGUCUCAGCCAACUCUUCCAUGCCCUGUUGGCCCGAUAUUCCUGUUUCAGUUCCUCUUUCUCCUCUGCACCUCGCCCCCUUUCCCCAGGCAACUCUUAUGAAUUCUCUACUUUCUUCAAUUUCUUAAGUGAUUACUUAAAAUUCCUAUCUAAAGUUGAUAUCACACUAAUGAACCUAUUUCCACGAGUAAUUUAAUGUUUUUGCUUUGAUGUUAGAAAGCUCAUGGCAACUUUUUUUUAUUAAGAGUUAUGAAGAACAUUGUUGCUUUGUGAGUGCUUUGUUUCUGUAUAUUAAAAGGUCCCUGUUUAUUUUUUAUUAUGCAAUUUAUCAUGUGUCUUCCCACAAUGAGGUAUAAAAUAAAACAUACAAUUGACUGGUGAAUGAAGAUGCAUUGUCAUUAGAAAAUGAUGGUGCUUUG